GUGAAGAUUGGGGUAAAGUGAAGUGCUUAGAGGGAAUACAUAAAAAAGUGAGGAAUUAUAUUAGAUAUUGAUAGUGAGGUAAGGUUGUGAGUUUAUUAAGAGUGAAAAAAUGCCAAGGAAACGAAGAUCAGUGAGUAGUGAGGAUUCGGAUGAUGAGUUUGAUGAAAUGAGGCAUCCUCAGAGGAACGCUGCUAAUGCUAGAGAGAGAGCUAGAAUGAGGGUGCUGAGCAAAGCUUUUUGCAGAUUAAAAACUACCUUACCUUGGGUACCGGCUGACACCAAACUUUCCAAACUUGAUACAUUGCGACUGGCCACGAGUUACAUUGCUCAUUUAAGAGCCGUAUUAAUGGACCAACCACCACCAAAUGACCAUCUACAUAAGCAUCCUCUCACACUCACUUGGCCUUUCAGUUUUCAAAGAACAGACACAUCCGAUGGAACCUACUCGGAACAGACCAAUCAGCAUCAGCAUUCCUGGGAUGAAAUACCAUCUUCCCAGCACCCCAUCGUCAGGGAUAAAGAUAUGACUUAUUAUUAUUAAUCCGUAUAUUAAU